GUUCUCUCGUUCUAUCACUUCUCUUUUCUUCUGCGAGAGAGAGAGCUGAGGAAAUCUAAAAAACUCAACAAUUAUCAGGAAAAGAAAAUGAAGUCCAGCGGCCUUCUAGUCCUUCUGCUGCUGAUCUGUGGUGGUUCCUCUGAGGUGGUGAAAGAUGGUGAAUUUAAGGAGAUUGUUUGUGAUCCAAAAGAGCCCGGACAAAAUCUGUUUUGGUUCCAUCUGAAGGAGAACGGAAUGAUGGAGUUCAUCGGAGCUUUCACCUCCGAAAUUGGGACCAAAAAGACAGAAGUGAAUGAAAAGAAAUACGAUAUAACAAAGAUGAAGAACAAGAAAUUAAUACUUAAAGAUUUCAAUAAGAAGGAGGACAGCGGCUCCUACAUCUGUAUGGUCAUCAAGGGAUCAACGCUGCACUUUGGUCAAGUGGUCAAACUGCAAGGAACCCCAGAUCCAGUACAAAUACCCACACCGAUCCAAACCACCAGAGCGGCAAAAGAUCUCACAACUAAACAGACAGUGCUCUGCGAAAAGAGUGAAAAAGGGAAAACGACUCCCAGCUUUUCUGCGGUUCUCGGCUGUGAGCUGAUGAUUCUGAUCCCUCUGGCUGCCGGCAGUGGCCUUCUUCUUAUCGCGCUCAUCAUCACCAUCCUCUACUGCAACCAUAUAAGAACAAGACGUUGCCCUCACCAUUACAAACGACAUCACCAAAACAGACCAGCUGGACACAGACCCCUGCCUAAUAAGGCUGAAUUCUAUCCCAUGUGAUGAAAAACCAACAGAUCCUGCAUCUUAUCAUUAAUGAUUAACAGGGAAUCAUUGUUAUUCUGUAUAUCUAAAAAAAAAAAAAAAACAUUGCUUUAACAAAGCUUAGACUGUUAGUCCUUAAUUAAGAAUUUUACACUUAGCUUUCAGAAAUGCCAUCUUCACAGUAACUGCAGGAUUACUUCUUAAAUUAGAUUCAUUCACUUUGUUCAUGUUAUUAUUGCAUUUCUUUCAUUUUAUUUUAUUCAUUUCAUUUUUCAUUUCAUGCUACUGAAAAUAAAUGACCUUGUGUAGAUCAUAUGAGGACAGAUGCACCACUCCAAACAACACAUCAUGCUUUACUGAAUUUUGCAGCCAAAAUAUUCUGCUCUUCAUAAAAAAAAAGAAAGAUAAAGAUUAUUUUUUAUGAGGUUUCUUGUCUCAGAUAUCAGGAGCGCCACCUGGUGGUAAAAUAGAACUGUCAUAAUAUAUAAGAGACAAUAAAAGUUCUGGAAUAAAUGUAAUAAACUGUGCUUAGAUUGAUUUAUAUUGUAGUUACUGCUUGUAGAAUAAAUAUGCUGCUGUUUACUAAAUAAAUAGAAA